AUGAAGGGUUUUAUUGGUACGGACGGUGCAAGAUCAACUGUUAGAAGACUACUUCUAGGGCCUAAACAAUCGUUGAACACACGACUUCCAUAUGCUGCUUCCUUUGUGCAAGCAAAAUAUACUCGAGAACAGGCUCUUCACCUUCGCUCAUUCCAUCCUCUCUUCCUGGCUGCACCUCAUCCCGAUAAUCUGUUUGCAUUCUUUGGGCUGCAAGAUGCUCCAGAUCCGGAGAAGCCAGAAAGUUGGACGUUCUUCUUUUUUAUCUCAUGGAAUUCAAGUAUUGAAACUCAAGAUGCAGAAUCUAAGAUAUUUGACAAUGCGGGAAGGUUGAGACAAGUUCGAGAAAUGGCCAAGGGGUAUGCGGAGCCUUGGAAAAGUGCAUUUGAAUGGUUACCCGAAGAUCAACCAGUUUGGUAUUUUGGACUUGCUGUGUGGGACCCGAGAGAAGAAACUCAUCGAUGGGAUAAUAGAAAUGGAAGAGUGACGUUGGCUGGUGACUCUGCUCAUCCAAUGACUUAUCAACGUGGUCAAGGUCUCAAUCAUUCCAUUACUGACGCCGGAAAUCUUGUCAAAUUACUCAAAACAGAUUCUUGUCAAAGCUCUGCCAUUGCUAAGUAUGAAGAAGAGAUGGUUGCUAGAGCUGGCGAAGAAGUACAUCUCAGUGUUAUCAAUACAACAAUGCUACACGACUGGUCGAAGGUAUUAGAAAGCCCGGUAUUCAAAAAAGCUCUGGCAAAGCAGUCAUGA